CAAGACAUUCAAAACAGAAGCACUACAGGGCCUGCAGAGAUGCUCAGGAACUUAUGGACACCUUUAGCUUCAGCUGAUACUUUUGUGAUACAAAUGUGCAAAGGGACCCCGAAAAAGAAAUAGCAUUGCACCACAGUGCCAUUGUAAAGAGUAAUGAGGAAAGGAAAGUUGAUACGAUGUUACUGGAUGGCAAAGGAAAGAAAAAUCAAUAAAUCAUGGUUUGGACAUACAUGGUUUAUUAAGAUUUAUUUUAGAAUGGAAGUGAUAGUUCCAGUCGGUCAUACCAAUUGGUGGUGGUAAUGCACCAGGAAGUUGCCAACUACCAUUAAAUAACUAAGAAGAAGAAAAAGAAGAAGACAAACAAAAAUCUUACACAAAGAUCAGUUUGGAGCCCAGCCAAGCGCUUUUAACAUUUAAUCGUCAAGUUUGACUAUCUGGAAUUACCUUUAAAGAUGUCUGUCAUUUUAACGAGUCAUAAUUUCAUUGGGACUAGUAAGAAUUGUAGUUCUAGAUAUCUGUGACGUCAUUCUUACUAGUCAAAACUACAGUUACAAAUAUCUGAAAUUCAGUUUUUACCAGUCAAAAUGACGUCACUUUUGCCAUAUCUUUAAUUCCAGAUAUCUACCAUGUCAUAAUGACUAGUCAUAAUUCAAGUUCAAAAUAUCACCAACUUAAUUUUGAUUAUGUGAAACUUAGCUCAAGAUAGCUUAAAAAUAGGACAAUGUGGAUAUCUUCAAUUGAGGAUAGUUAAAUAUAUCUUGAACUUGAAUUAUAACUAUUCAUCAUGACGUUGUAGAUAUCUGGAACGAAUUAGAGACAUCUAUGACUGAAUUGAGAAUAUCUAUAAUGGCAAAGCCCAUACACGUGAAUGGCAAAACAUUGUGUAAAAACUGAAUUACAGAUAUCUGUAACUGUAGUUUUGACCAGUGAGAAUGACGUUGCAUGUAUAGUAUAUAGGUAGUGAAUAUCCUGUCUACCAAUUAAAUGUUAAAACCGCUUGUCAUAAGUCAUGUUAAGAAGACAAACUACGGAUUUUGCAGCGUUGACGCGUUGAACGCGCAUCAGCAGGGGGCGUGGUUAAGAAGUGACAUGGCCGCCUCCUUUUACAGACUGUCGUAGUCUUUCUCCGGUUACUUGUAUAUUAAAUUAGUUUUGUUUUACUUUAAUUCCGUCCAUAUUCAAUAGGACAGCGUCCCGAGGAGUUUAACAUGGGCACCGUUCACGCCCGGAGCCUGGAUCCUCUGCCCAUGCAAGGGCCAGAGCUUGGAGUUCAACCAGACGACAUAGAGGCUGCAGAGAUUGAACAGGAGCCUAAACAAGAAGUUCUUGAAAACAAAGAUGUUGUGGUUCAACGAGUGCACAUAGACGGCCUCGGAAGAACCAAAGAGGACUUGUUGACGUACGAAAUUGCAGAAGUUUUCCGGGCAAAAAACUUGAUUGAUGUCAUGCGGAAGUCUCAUGAAGCUCGACAGAAGCUGCUGCGUCUUGGUAUUUUCAGAAAAGUGGAAGUUGUUAUUGACACUUCUCGAGGUGAGGAUGCUCUUCCUAACGGCCUUGAUGUGACCUUUGAGGUCAUUGAGCUGAGGCGAUUAACGGGCAGCUACAAUACGAUGGUUGGAAACAAUGAAGGGAGCAUGGUACUGGGGCUAAAGUUACCUAAUGUACUUGGUCGUGCAGAGAAGCUCAACUUUCAGUUCUCCUAUGGCACCAAAGAGACAUCCUAUGGCCUGUCCUUCUUCAAACCCCAACCUGGCCACUUUGAACGCAAUAUCACACUCAACCUGUACAAGGUAACAGGUCAAUUUCCGUGGAGUUCACUGAGGGAGACAGAUCGAGGCGUCUCUGCAGAACUAAGUUUCCCAGUGUGGAAGACCAAUCAAACACUGAAGUGGGAGGGAGUUUGGAGAGAGCUGAGCUGUUUAGCUCGCACUGCAUCAUUUGCCAUCCGCGAGGAGAGUGGCCAUUCCCUUAAGUCCUCACUUUCGCACGCUAUGGUCAUUGACACCAGGAAUUCCUCCAUUCUUCCCAGGAAAGGUGGCUUACUAAAGAUUCACCAGGAACUUGCUGGUUACACUGGGGGAGACGUCAGUUUCCUGAAGGAGGACUUUGAGAUCCAGCUCAACAAAUCACUCUUCUGGGACUCUGUCCUCUCUGCCUCAAUGUGGGGUGGUUUGCUUCUACCCAUCGGUGAGAAUCCAACAAACGUAGCAGACAGGUUCUACCUUGGUGGCCCCACUAGCAUCAGGGGAUUCAGCAUGUACAGUAUGGGCCCACAGAGUGAAGGUGUGGCAGGUGACUACAUGGGAGGAGAGGCCUACUGGGCUGGAGGCCUUCACCUCUAUACCCCUCUUCCCUUCAGACCAGGCAGAGGGGGCUUUGGUGACCUUUUCAGAACACACUUCUUCCUCAAUGCCGGAAACCUGUGUAACCUCAACUAUGGUGAGGGGCCACAAGCACAUCUGAAGAAACUGGCAGAAUGCAUCCGUUGGUCAUAUGGACUGGGCAUUGUUGUGCGUUUGGGGAACAUUGCCAGGCUGGAGUUGAAUUACUGCAUUCCCAUGGGUGUCCAGAGUGGAGACAGGAUAUGUGAUGGGGUCCAGUUUGGAGCAGGAAUCAGAUUCCUGUGAAGCCACUUUUUUUCUGCUUAUGCUUCACCGCGUGAUACCAGAAACUUUUUUUAAGGGAACGAUGCUUGUACAGAAUUUUUGUUGCAAUUUAUUGGCUCAAUAAAAGUGUUGGCACUGA